AUGUUACGUGGAUCAGCAGUCAUAGGAAAGCCGCCAUCAACUCAAUCAGCGGAUCUACUAGAAAAACUUCUUCGUACAGAUGUAAUUUCAGUUACAUUAAAAUUUGGUUUUCAACAAAAACCAUUUAAAUAUUCAUUAAAUGAUACAUCCUAUUUAAUUAUUGAAAAGAUCUACCGUGAUGCAGAAACCUGGCUACGAUCUAUCGGAAUUAAUUUAAAGAAUUUACCUACAGUUGAACGUUACACAUUGUAUUUAUUUCGAAUACCAACAACAGAUCUAACAAUGGUACCCAUUGUUCAAUUAUCCGAUAUUGAACAAAAUUCAUCCAUUGAAUUAGUUAUCGUGCCCGUUGAAGUUAAUCUAAAUCCACAUGCUUUAUAUCGCUGCCAAUUAAAUGUACCAACAAAUUGCUCGAAAUGUUCACGUCUUAUUACUGGAAUUUAUCGACAAGGUUUUCGAUGUCGAAAAUGUCGCAUGACAUAUCAUAAAGAUUGUGCACCAUUUUCACUUGAUGAUUGUCUAGUGCCAAUUGAACUGCCAUCACAGGCGCCAUCGUCUCAAGUUCCGCAAGUUACUUUUGUUUAUCCGUUUGAUUUUGCAUCAACAUCUUCAACAAAUUUAUCCGUUAAAUCUGAUAAUACAAGUGUACCUAUCUAUAGUCCAUCGUCGAAUACUUCAAAAGAAAAUGAACAAUCGGUUGUCGCUACGACGAUUAUUGAUGAAGGUAUUUUUCCAGCAUGCAUUGGUGGUACAUCAAUUUAUCGACGAUAUCUAUUUCGUUUAACACCAAAUGCAUUAAAAUUAACAACAAAUUUAUCAGCAAUAUUUUCUCCACGGCAGUCAACACGGCAAUCAGCUGAUGUUGAUAUAGUUUUUCCUUUGGGUGAUUUAAAUGAUCUUAUUUUAACACAUUUCGUAGAUGAACGAGAUCAUAUAUUUGAAAUAUAUUUUCAAAAUAAAUUUGCUUUAUGUGUUGGAAAAAAAAGUGACUCAGAUGAUUUACAAAUGCAAACGGCACAAUUUUAUUCAUCAAUUCGUGACCAAUGGGAAUCAUUAGCAAGUGGUUCAUCAUCACAUUCACAACCAACAUCUCCUAUUGCCACUACGUCAACACCAGUCACAUCGGUUACUACCAAAGU